GAAUUUGGAAAAGGAACUCCUGAAAUUUAUAAGAAAUUAGCAUAUAAAUGUAUGAAUGCUAAUUCAAUUGAAAGACCAACAGCUGAUGAAUUAUAUCAAGUUGUAAAUCUUUGGAAUGAUAUUCUUAAUGGUAAAUUUUUAGGGUAUGUAGGAAAAGAAAUCAAAGUUAUGUUUGAAGAUGCUGAUAAAGAAAUCCCAAAUAUUUCAACUUUAUAUGAAAAGAAUCCAGAUGCUGAACUUACUUGCCAAGAAUUUACAUUUAGUGAUUUUCCAAAACCUGUUAAUUCAUCUAUUAUUACUUCAUACAUUGAUGAAAUAUAUAAUGAAGAAGAUAAUCAGAUUGAUAAUAAGAUAUGUUUUUAUUGUAAUAACCCAUUUACUGAAAAAUUAUGGUGCAAAGAAUGUGAUCCAUACUGCAUGAUAGAAGGAUGGACUAGUGGAAACUUAAAUAUUGAUAAAUUUAUUAAAGAUUCAAUUUAUAAUGCAAGGCAAAAACUAAAUCCUGAGUUUCUUGAGUGGGUACCAUUUGAUAGACUUAUAAAUAUAGAACAAAUUGGCAAAGGUGGUUUUGCCAAAGUAUAUUCUGCAACAUGGAUAGAUGGUAAAUCGAAAUAUAAAAACCUAAGUGAUGGGAGUUGGAAAAAAUUAGAACCUGAA